AUGAACUAUUUUUAUCCUUUAACAGGUUGUGUUUCAGGUUUCAAAUAUCAGGGUCGUUGUGUUGAAUUUUUCAAGGAGCGUGUAACUUGGGCUCAAGCUAGAAAACUUUGUCAAACUUUACACGGAGAUCUCGUCGUAAUUCAAGAUGAUAAGAAACAAAAGUUCAUUUACGACAACUUUGCCGCUGGAAAGACCCUUUGGAUUGGCCUGAGAAGAAAACAUGUGGGGUAAGCAAUUUUUAAACGAUAAUGUUUAUAUUAGAUUUAUUAUUCAAUACUUUGUUAUAAACAAUCACAAAAAGGAAAGACAAAUGAAAGAACCAUGAAGAACUCAGAAUAGGUACAAAUAAGAGAAGAUUUAUCCUCUCUUGUUGACACCGAAUGAUGGCACCUUGACCCACUACCCCACUAUCCUCAAACACGAAAAGCCUUCAUUAAAUUAAAUACCUCGUUAUUGUACCAACAACACAAGACAAAGCCUGUGAGAUUAAACUUCUUUUCUGCCUUUUAUUUCAAAAGAAGGCAUCUGAUCUAGAGCAGGUUUUACGCCGAUAUUCACCCUUUUUUCUCUUUGUUCUCUUUGUUGGGACCGAACAUCAAGUGGGAAAUUUAAAUGGGUAGAUGAAACUGAACUUGGAUUUGAAAACUGGAUCACUGGAUCACCCGAUACUGCAAAAGAGGAGUGCGCUGAAAUGACAGAUUAUGGAAGUUUUAAAGGAAAAUGGAACGACAACCACUGCUCCCAUAAACAGGCCUUUAUUUGCGAG